UCUUUCAGAAGGAUUGUUUUAUAGGGAGUAAGGAAUGUCAAUUAAAGUUCAUAAUUGUCAAUCGAAGUGAGAAAAUCUUCCCAUUUUCAACUAAAAAUUGUUUCUGGAGGCAUUCAUUUGCAGAAAAAUAUAUAAUGGAAAAUACUUCUUACGGUAUAAAUGUGACCAAUCGCUAUGAACUUUUUUCUAUCGAUGAUGAUGGAGACGACCCCUUUACAAUUACUCAGAACAAACAAAGAACUCAAAAAAAAUAUAUGCAUGUUAACGAGAACUCAUCAAAGACGAUGCUUAAAAAUGCAAAAUAUGCAGAGAAGGAAAAUAAAACAAUGCAAAUUAAAAUUACCAACGAAAAUAAGUAUACUGAAAAGUCAGAAUCUAAAAAUUUUCCAACUGUGAAUAAUGUUCAGCGCGGCGAAAAGCCUACCAUAAAAGAGACUCAAAAAGAUAAUAUUCGAACAAUACGCGAUGAAGGAAACAAACAUGGCUACGCAACAAAACAUUCUGAAAGAAAAACUAAAAUCAAUUUGGUCGGUUCUGAAAACCGUGAAGACAAAUCUAGAAAAAAUCGUGACAUGAGCAUCGAUGAGAAUGUUAAUCGCAGAUCUCAGAAUUUUAACAAGCGUAUUGAAGCUCGAGGAAAACGAGAAUUCGAUCGUCAGUCAGGAUCUAAUAAAACUGGAGUAAAACCGAUCGAAAAGCGUGAUGGAACUGGGUCACAUAAUUGGGGCAGCGUAAAGGUAGAUGCGAAAGAUUUUAGUAAUUAUCAAGAUGAUUAUUCGCCUCAAGAAACUGAAGAUGAUAAAUUACUUGUUACUGAAAACAUUAAAACCGAGCAGACCGAAUUAAAUGAUAGUAAGUUGAUAAUCGAGGAUGAGCUGAAAGAAAUGACACUGGAUGAAUGGAAAGCUCAAAUUGCAGCUGUCAGAUCUAAGCCACAAUAUAAUCUUAGAAAAGCCGGUGAAGGUGAAAAUGCAGCGCAAUGGGACAAAAUGGUUGCAUUGGAUAAAAAAAAAACAGAAACUGAGGCUGACGAGGAAAACGAAAUUCAAAAGGUUGGAAAAUAUAAACAAGUACUUGAAAUCGAAUUUCAUUUCAACGAUGGACGACGUGGUGGAAUUAUGGGUCGUUCUAGAGGCCGCGGCGGAAAGGGCACUCGAAAUACUGGAAAACGCGAAAACGAAAAAAAGGAAUUUGAAACUCGCGAGGGAGACAUGGAAAAACGUGAGCGACGCAGCCGUCUACCACAAUCAAGUGACGCAAAUGUUGGUAAUCACAAAUACACAAAAAAUUUUCGCUUCAAAAAUACUGCUCCAAAAGUAGACGAUGAACAUGAUUUUCCUUCGCUAGGCUAGUAAUAUGUUUUGAUUACUGCUUAAAAUUGCUAACAUCUGUACGAGCCAUGUUUCGUAAGCAGUUGCUUUUUCUCAUAUAUAAGUUUUCAAAUUAAAAUAUUGCAAACAUA